GAAAAAACGUAAAGAGUGUGAAUGUAAUUUAUUCUUAUAAAUAUCAGUUUUUUUUAUAGCUGUUACAUAGUGGGUUAAGCCUCGCUUCUAACGUCACCGACUCAGUUGCUGUCAGCGAGUGAGUGAGUCGUUUCUCUGCAGCAACAAGGUUUAGCCACUCCAAACAGACGAGAAAUGGGUCGUGGGGUCAGUGCUGGUGGUGGUCAGAGUUCCUUAGGUUAUCUCUUUGGCAGUGGGGUGCCUGCCAGCAGUGCAAACAGUCAGCCUGCAAAUGGUGCUCGCACUCAAAAUGCUAGUGCUCCUUCACCACCAGUCGAUAAGCAAAGUCCAGCACCAGCACCAGCACCAGCACCAGCACCUGCAUCAUCACCAAUUGAUAAGCAAAUUCCAGCUGGAAUUCCUGGAAGUCUCAAAAACAAUUACCAUCGUGCUGAUGGGCAAAACUGUGGCAACUUUCUUACUGAUCGGCCAUCUACCAAGGUUCAUGCUGCCCCAGGUGGCGGAUCUUCCUUGAAUUACCUCUUUGGUGGUCCUCCAGGGAACUAAUUCAUCAUUGUGAUUCAAACCUACCAUGUGAUGUAUCAUGUGUAAAAUAGAUAGCUGCAUUGUUUUAGUCCAGUGGACUUUGUUUCUUGUGCAAUUGAACCUCUUGACAAUGUUGGUGUGGCUUGAUGGCCAAACUAAGCUGAUUCAUAGGUUUGUUGUUCUGUGCUAUUGUGUGGGUUUCGAUUAAUGAAAUUUACUGCUCAUAAUCGCUCUCUUAUCUUUAUUAUUGUGUUCAUUUCAUGAUGCUGACUUUAUUGAAAUGACUCGGGUUUCAUAUA